GAAGACAUACUAGCCAAGAGCUCCCACGGCCGAAGUCCCUUCUCUCUCUACUCAGUCAAUUGCAUCUCCUUCACCAGUCACCAGCUCCCAGCACCAUGGUUCUUCCACGUCCUAGCGUCUUCCGCACCUUCACGGUCUCCCGGACUCUCAGAUCGGCGACUGUUCGUCGGACGGUGCAGCAACAGAUUGGUCGACGGACCUAUGCGCAGGCACAUGAAGUGAAGAAAUCCAGUGAUCUCCCAUGGCUCCUGGCCUCGGUAGGCAUCGGUGGCCCUGCCAUCUUCUAUAUCUGGCAGAGCGGACCGACGAAAAAACCGCACCAUGAUGCUCAUCAUGAGGAACAUAAUGCAGAGCAUGAGAAGGACGACGGAGAGGCUGUAGCGGAAGCUAAGGCUGAGGAGACCCCUUCCGAAGACACCAAGACCGACGAGACUCCGUCAGAAGACACAAAGGACUCGGAAGACUCUAAGAAGUCUUCGGAUGGAGCCCAGGAGAAGCAGCCACAGGAGGAAUCUCAAGAGAAGCAAGAAAAGGAGGAAUCUCAGAAGCAAGAAAAGAAGGAAGAUUCCAAGGAAGAUUCCAAGGAAGAUACUCCGGCAGAUGCUCCGGCAGAGUCCCAGGCGGAACCCAAGGAAGCUCAAGAGCCCCAGGAAUCCCAGAAAGAGGCCGAAAAGCCAGCCAGCGAAUCCUCUUCUGAGUAGGAGACGAGCAUGACUCCUAUACAUUUGAUUAUAUAUGACCCCGUCAGCAAAAACGAAAUUCAGUACACAUCUAUCUAUACAUUGAUAGCUGAAUAAAUACAUGGUUCAAUCCGUCAAGCUCUGCUCUUCUAUACGUAAAUACAGGUUUCUCAUCAACCCCAUAAAUCAACAACUUCCCCUCUGGUCAUAAGUCACCGCCAAAAAAAAAAAUAAUAAAAAGAAGCGCGUGUUGUUGCGACUUGAGAAACUCCGGCAGAAUCACG